AUGAUGAAUCCGCUUGUCUCCGUUGGCUGCCUCCCAGAGUUUAACAGGGUUGAAGCUCACCAUGUUGUUCCAGGGGUCAAGCAAGUUGUCAAGGAACUGGAAAAGGAUUUGCUUGAGCUGGAGUGCUUUGCUGCCUCAAGUUUUGGAGAGAAUGGUGGCGAUCUGUGGGAGGCGCUCGUCCAUCCCUUCGAACGCAUUCUUGAUCGCUUGACUGUGGUAUGGGGGAUUGUUUCGCAUCUCAAGGAUGUCAAGGAUUCCGACGCUCUUCGAGCUGCUGUGGACGAAGCACAACCCUUGAGAACGAACUUUUUGUUGAGGUUAGGACAGAGCAAGGCUUUGUAUCAGGCGUUUGAGAAGAUCCGCAAUGGUGCCUUGUUCGAUACACUGAACGAAGCUCAGCAACGAGUUGUAGAAGGACGUUUGAAAGAUGCCAUACUAAAUGGAGUGGCAUUAGAACAUGAGAAGAAAGUGCAUUUUAAUGAGAUCCAACAGGAGCUGGAGAAAUUACUGAACAAAUUCAGUGAAAAUGUGCUGGACUCCACCAAGUUGUUUGGGAAGCUGGUGACUGAUAUUUCUGUUCUUGAAGGCUUGCCGGAAACGGCUCUUGCUCUUGCUGCACAAGCCGCAGUAUCCAACGGAUACGAAGGCGCCAAUGCGAAGAGUGGACCGUGGCUGAUAACUCUGGACAGUUCCAUGUACUCGGGAGUGAUGAGAUUUGCGAGAAACCGUGACCUUCGCGAGGAAGUAUAUCGCGCAGACAUCACAGUGGCCUCCGGAGAGAGUUUUGAUAACUUCCCUGUAAUUACAAGAAUUCUCGAGCUUCGCCAGCAGAAAGCGGAGUUGUUAGGAUGCGAAAACCAUGCUCAGGUGAGUAUGCUUCAAAAGAUGGCGACACUGGAUUCUUGUCAUGCACUUCUCGAAAAACUGCAUAGUUGUUCACGAGCUGCUGCUAUUCGAGACAUGCGGGAGCUUGAGGAAUUUGUGAGAAGUGAAAACUCAGAAGAAGAUGAGAAUUUGUUCCACUGGGACAUUCCAUAUUGGACGGAGCGCUUCAGGGAGGCCAAGCUUGACAUGAAUGAUGAGGAACUCAGGCCGUAUUUCUCCAUGCCUAAUGUCAUGGAUGGCCUGUUCAGCCUUGCGAAGCGCUUGUUUGGCGUCCACAUUGAAGAGUUGGAAGAAAAUACACCAGUCUGGGACAAAGAAGUUAAGCUUUACAAGGUGGCAGAAUGCGCCAGCGGAGAAAAUCUGGGAUACUUUUACCUGGACCCAUUCUCGAGGCCGCACCAGAAGAGAAGUGGAAAUUGGAUGGGCGUAGUCUUUAACAGAAGCCAUGCAGCUGUGCAAAAAGGUGGCGGGGUGCGAUUGCCUGUCGCUCAUAUUGUCUGCAACCAGGCACCACCAUUACCCGAUCAGCCAAGCUUGAUGACGUUCUAUGAGGUGACAAUGCUGUUUCAUGAGUUCGGGCAUGCUUUGCAGCACCUUUUGAGCAAACAGGACGAGGGUCUUGUGGCUGGAUCCGAAGGAAUAGAGUGGGAUGCAGUCGAGAUUCCCUCCCAGUUUAUGGAGAACUGGUGCUAUGACAGGAACACUUUGAUGAGCUUUGCAGUGCACUAUAGAACUGGCCAAGAGCUCCCAGAGGCGCUAUAUACGAAACUCAAGUCGUCAAGAACGUUUUUCUCGGCUUCAAACGUUCUUUAUCUGGUUUCCCGCUCUCUGAUUGAUCUCAAGCUGCAUGCAAAGCUCGAAGCCGUGAAUUCGAAAGAGAUUUACAACUUGUGCAACAAGGUUGCAGGGGAGAUAUUGAUAUUACCCCCUUUGCCUGAAGACAAGUCCAUCUGCAAAUUCCUCCACUUAUUCGCCACAACUGAGUAUGCAGCUGGUUACUAUAGCUACCUGUGGUCUGAGGUUCUGUCAUCAGAUGCUUUUGGAGCGUUUGAAGAAGCAGGCCUUGAAAAUGAAACUGCCGUUAAGGAGGCAGGAAAAUUAUUUAAGCAGACAAUUCUUGAGCUUGGUGGAGGCAGAGCGCCUGCUAAAGUUUUUGAAGAUUUCCGUGGAAGAGGCCCCAGCAUAAAUGCUCUUCUCAGGCAUAGAGGUCUCGUGAGAAAGCCCGAUCGCAUCAGAGCCGAGGCCGCCGAGUACCGAAAGCUGCUACCUCUUCGCCUCAAGGAGCAGUGA